UACAACAAAGAACAUAUGAGAUUCUAUGAAGCAGAAAUAUCAAGGUUCGACACGGGUAAAGCGUGCACAUUUGCAAGCUCUUCGAAAGGAGUUUGAAAUGCUUCACAUGAAGGCAGGAGAAUCUGUAAAUGAGUAUUUUGCUCGGGUCCUUAGCCUAGCCAACAAGAUGAAAAUAAAUGAUGAGAACAAAGGAGAUGUUGAAGUAGUUGAAAAGAUUCUGAGAUCUAUGACUCCCAAGAUUGAUUAUAUUGUGUGUUCCAUUGAUGAGUCCAAAGAUACAACCAUCUUAAUCAUUGAUGAGUUGCAAAGCAGUUUGCUUGUGCAUGAACAACGCAUGAGUUCUCAUGUUGAAGAAGAACACGCUUUGAAGAUCACUCAUGGUGAACAAUCUGGAGGAAGGAGUCAAGGUCGUGAAAGCUUUAAAGGCAGAGGAAGGGGAUGAGGCAGACAAACUUUCAACAAGGCCACAGUGGAGUGCUAUAAUUGUCACAAGCUAGGACAUUUUCAAUGGGAAUGUCAAAGCAAGAAGAAGGAGGCAAACUAUGCAGAGACUCAAGAAGAGAUGUUGCUGAUAGCUUAUGUGAAUAUGAAUAAGGCCAAUAGAGAAGAUAUGUGGUUCCUUGA